AUGUUCCCUCCUGUCCAGAUUCCUUCCACAGCGGGCCGCAAGCAAGUGCUGGCUGGUACAGGAUGGCAACACCAUGCCAGCGGUGCUGGGAACUCCCGCCGUCAGCGGCCCCUCGCGGCCCCGUCGCGCCACCCUCGUGGCGCCUCGCUGCCCACCCUUGCGGCCCCUCGCGGCCCCUCUCUCGGCCCCUUUGUGGCCCGCCGCGGCCCCUCCUCAGCCGCCGCCGCCCAUGCCCCGGCCGCAGCAGCCGCCACCACCGACGGCAGCCGCCGCCGCCGCCGCCGCCGAGAGCAGCUGCCGCAGCCACAGCCGACGGCAGCACCCGCCACCGCCACUGCCGUGUCCGCCGCCGCCACUGCCGUGUCCGCCGCCGCCGCCCCUGCAUCGACUGCAGAAGCCGCCACCGCCGACAGCAGCAGCCGCCGCCACCACCACCGUGGCAGCCGCCGCCGCCGACAGCAGCAGCCGCCGCAGCCAACAGCCGCAGCCGCCGCAGCCGACAGCCGCAGCCGCCGCCACAGCCGACAGCCGCAGCCGCCGCCGCAGGUGACACCUUCAGCCGCCGCCACCCUUGUCCGCCGCGGCUCCCUGGACCCUGGAGCCGCCGCCACUGCUGCAGCUGCCCCUGGUCUCUAG